CCAGCCGUGGCGUUGGUGGCGCGGGACCUUUGUUCGGAUCAGGCAGUUCGGGGAGUAAAAACGCCACCGGUGCAGAAGUGUCGUUUCAGCGGGCGCUGGCGCAUAGUUUUCCAAAGCUGGGCGUGCAGAUCCGAAGCCUUUGGUGCAGGCAGACCCGGUUUGGCGCGGAGCGUGGGGCGCUGAACACACUCGGGUUUGGGUUUUCCAGCGUCCUGCCAUGGCGUGUUUGGCUAGGAGGACGUACCCCCACCGUCCUGCCACCGAUUGCUGGUGCGUAACGCAAUAACGAUCAUGACUUCUGCGGAGGGUAGUUUCUGGGAACGCCUGCCCGGUGAAAGCACGACAGGAGGGCAACUUUACUGCGCCAGAAAAGUCGUCAGGUGCAGGACCUCGACGUGUUGAUUUCACUUUUUUGUCUUUUAAACCUUUUUAAACCGAUGGAGAGCGUCGGAAAAUUCGAGUUUAACAGGAAGGAUUUAAUCGGACACGGCGCGUUUGCGGUGGUGUUCAAGGGAAAACACAAAGAGAAACGGGAUGUUGAAGUGGCCGUGAAGUGUAUAAAUAGGAAGAAUCUGGCCAAGUCGCAGUCGCUCUUGGGGAAAGAAAUCAAUAUAUUAAAGGAGCUGAAACAUGAGAACAUCGUCACUUUACUGGACUUUCAGGAAAUUUCUGGAUGCGUCUACCUCAUCAUGGAAUUCUGCAAUGGCGGAGACCUUGCGGAUUACCUGCACGCAAAAGGCUGCCUGAGCGAGCGCACUGUCCGAAGCUUCCUCGUGCAAAUCGCUGCUGCCAUGGCUGUGCUGAGGAUCAAGGGUGUUGUGCACAGAGACCUGAAGCCCCAGAACAUCCUCCUGUCCCACGGUGGCAGCUGCCGGUCUGAUCCCAGCAACAUCUGCAUCAAACUGGCUGACUUUGGGUUUGCGCGGUACCUGCAGGGGAACACCAUGGCUGCUACGCUCUGUGGUUCUCCGCUGUACAUGGCCCCUGAAGUGAUCAUGUCUCAGAAUUAUGAUGCCAAAGCUGAUCUGUGGAGUGUAGGAACUAUCAUCUUCCAGUGCCUGACCGGCAAAGCACCCUUUCAGGCAAGUAGCCCCCAAGAACUGCGACUGUUUUAUGAAAGAACCCGUAAACUCCGGCCUAACAUCCCACGGGAGACCUCCAGAUAUCUGCGACAUCUGCUCCUAGGCCUGCUGAAGAGGAACUACAGGGACCGAAUGGACUUUGACGAGUUUUUCCACCAUCCCUUCCUGGACGGCCGCCCUGCUGAGAGAGCAUCCUCUCCUGUGCCUGUGCCCCUGUACCCCAACUCAGGACCUGAAAGUUCCAGUAGUGGCUCCUCAAAUUCUCCCCUCAGCCCUCCCACACAGGUGGAUGCCAAACCCCACGAGCAGCAGUCGCGGUCCAAUGACACGGCUCCGUCUGGCUCCCAGCUGCAGCCUCGGUCCAAUGACACGGCUCCGUCUGGCUCCCGGCUGCAGCCUCGGCCCAAUGACACGGCUCCGUCUGGCUCCCAGCUGAAAGAGUCCUCAGCCUCCGAGAUAGAGGACUUCGUCAUGGUAACAGCACAGUUCUCAGGUGAGCCCGGAGACUGCCACGCUCAGGAUCAGGACAGUGUGAUGCAGAGUGGGUGCUCUCUGCUGGACCCUGCUACCUGUAUGCAUAAAACACCUCCCUCCCUGAGCCCUGCCAGACCAGCCGAGUGCAGUGGCAGUAGCUACAGCCAGUCUGUGGCUGUUCCAGUUCCUACACAGUUCCACAAUUACCAAAGACUGGCGCAGAACGUGCAGGGGGCGCCCAGGACCACAGCACCCACAAGUCAGUGUGGCAAGGGAGCAUCCCCGGGAUGUGUUCAGACAGGAGGCUCUCCUGAAGCAGGGUGUGGACUGUCUCAUCGCAGGGUGUCCACGGGGGGGUCCGGACCAUACCAGCCCUGUCCAGAAGUGGCUGGUAUACCCGAGGCGUCCGAUCAGGCAGGGUCCCAGGGUAGCAGCAGGACAGAGCAGCAGGAUGUGCGUUUCUACCAGCCGAAACAGGCGUCUCCUCCUUUCUCCAACCUCGGUGACACAGAAACUCCGACCCCUAGACGCAACAGCUACCAGUGCAGUCCAGAUGGGCACAAGCGUCCACUGGGCCGGCGGGCUAGCUGUACCCGGAUCGCGGGCCGGGCCCUGGGGCCGGCGCCGGGCCACACCAGGACCAUGCCUGAGCUGCAGGGGCCCCACGCGUGCCCUGCCAGCACCUUGCUCAGGAGGACAGGCUACAUCAAAAGGUCUGUGAGUACUGGCCGUUUGUCGGACAUGCUCCUGAAGGUCAUGUUUGGGGGUCAGCCAGACAGGAGGAACAGUGCAGACAGACUCAUGGACACCACAGCGCCCCCUGGUGGAGGUACGCGGACGCUUUUCACUGUAGACUCCCCUCCCAAAGAACACCCCCCUAACAGACGCCUCUCAGUGGACUCCUGCUGUCCUGGCUGGACCUAUGGUCGCUUCCACAAGGCCGACAGCUCACCAGACAACCAGCGCCAUGGUCUCGCAGACACCGGUGCAGCAGACCCACGCGAGGGAGUGGCCUUCGUGCCUCCGGAGCUUCCGGAAGAAACGCUGAUGGAGCAGGAUCACACGGACGUGCUGGCCCACCUGCGCCUAACUCUGGCCUUCAGCCACAGCGUGAUGGAGAUGGCUGCAACAAAGGAUUGUGGGAAUGAGAGCAGUGAGGAGCCAGACGCCUCCUUCCUGCAGCAGAGCCUGGUGGCCGACCAGAUAAGCCAGCUGAGCCGCGAGUGGAGCUCUGCUGAGCAGCUGGUCCUGUAUAUGAAGUGUGCUGAGAUGCUGUCUAGUGCCUUACACACAGCCAUGGAGGCCAUUAAACAGAACAAGCUCUACACUUCAGCUUCAGUUAAACACGUCGUGCGUAAGCUGAAUGAGGUGUAUAAGGAGUGUGUGAGGAACUGCCGUGCCCUCACAGCGAGGCUUCAGCUCUUCUUCAGCACGAAGCAAAGGCUGAUGGACAGAAUCUGCAGCAUCGCAGCAGAGAAACUCAUCUACUCUCACACCGUCCAGAUGGUGCAGGCUGCCGCCCUGGAUGAGAUGUUCCACCGAGGUGACGACUCUGCAGAGCGUUACCAGAAAGCUCUGCUGCUAAUGGAAGGCCUGUCCCUCAUCAUCACAGAGAGAGCAGACCUCCACAACCUUAACAGAUGUAAGAAGUGCAUCGAACAACGCCUCUCCUCCCUGCAGCCUGGAUCAUGAUCAUGUGAUCAUGAGACAUCAUUUGCUCCAUGACCACUGCCGCUCGCUCCUCUUGUUCAAGAGUUGUUUAAUGUUAGUGCUUGUGCAGUCCCAUUUCCUCUGAACUGACCAGCUGCUGCAGAGCUAGACGCAGCAUUGCCAGUGAGCCACUAUGGAUGGCUUAAUGGACUCCGUAAACCAGACCGUCAUAUCCAGCACUGUCAGAGACGUCAGGUGCUGAGACUGAGCUGCCUUGGGAAACUGUUGGGGAAAGAGUGUGUGUAGAAUCGUAGUGUGUGUAGAGUCAUAGUGGUAGUAGAGCCACAGUGUGUGUAGAGUCAUAGUGGAAACAGUCACAGUUGGUGCAGAGCUACAGUGGUAAUAGAGCCACAGUAGGUGCAGAGCCACAGGGGUGUAGAGGAACAGUGGGUGUAGAGCUACACAGCCACACAUUGUUCAUCCAGUGCCACAGCCUACACUGCACUGAGCCAAAGGACAUUAGUAAAGGACAACCUUCAACACGCUGUACACAGCAGUAUGCAAAAAUUCUUUCAUUGUAUACUUAUUUAUUUCCACUAAGGAGCGAUUAUGGUCCAUUUUCUACACGAUAGACGAUGAACUCUCCUCUUUAAUCUCCUCCAGUGUGUGUUUUUGCAUGAGAGGGUGACAAUUUAAUGGCCUUUAAGGGAACGCGUUGUAAUUGCAUUGUAUUGCAUUGUAAAUGACUGCGCAAAUUGAUUAUUGAAAGGUUAGAGAGAACAGGUAGGUCAGUGUUACAUAGCACAUGUUGUAGCUUUCCAUCAUAAGUAACAGACCAAGCAAAAGCAGUUUCACUGACCGACUGCUGAAUCUUUGUGUGACCUGUUCAACUGUGAUGGAAGAGAUGGAAACGAUACUUGAUAUUCAUUGUGAGAUUUUUAGCAACUUUGAAAACUCAACUACGGUACUAUUAUGUGCAUUUACAAUUACGCACUUUAUAAAUGUCAGGCAUGACUGCUUAGGGUAUAUAGGCAUGGCCACUAUUGAGUGUUUCGCUCUGUAGCAGCUCACUACGGGCCAGUGAGUUGACCUCCGUCAUGUCCUUUAUUCUGAUGUUUGUAACACCUUUGCUUUGUGAAACUCACCUUAGCUGAUUUGCCAUUUCUUGUUUUUGUGGACUUUGUUUACGUUCGUGUUGAAGCGACCUUCAGUGUGCACAGGAAAAGCACAGGGAACUUUAUGAGCAAACAGAUUUUAAUGUAAAAAAAAAAAAAAUGUAAAAAAAAACCAAACAAACAAAAAAAAACCUUUUUAUAGCCUAUGUGAUGUUACGGAUGAUUGUUUUCCUGCUCGUCUACUUUCCACUUAAAAAAAAGCCAAAGUCAACGUUUGUCAAGUGUGUGGUGUGGGAGUGUGAUCAUGAAUAAAGUUUGGUCUCAUUUUUUA